ACUUAUACACAAAACCACCUCAGUGAACUUGGAAUAUGGGGGUAUUUCAUCCAUUGGCCCCCCUGUUCUCCUGACUGCAGCCCAAUCGAAAAUGUUUGGCAGACCAUGAAAGACCGCAUCCGCAAGCGCAACCCUUUCCCUACUACAAAUGAGUUGCUACGUACUGCCAUUACUGAGGAGUGGGACUCUAUUUCCUCAGAUGAACUUGAGUCUUUAGUAGACUCAGUUCCUACCCGCCUGUAUGAGGUACAUACAAUUGGCAUUCCUCUGGCUCACUGUGAUUUAUUACUAACUAUCUUCUCUCUAGGUUCGUCUAGCUAAUGGGAGUCAUUCUGGCUACUAAGAUGCACAACUUGCUUGGUUUUUUGCAUGGACGAGUCAGGUUAAACUCUCAACUAUAUCUGAGUUCUUUAUGUCACUAUUUGCUAACUACUUGCUUUCAAGGUUGGCGGUAUACAUAUGGGCUAUUAUGUUAUUAAGACACCUGCUUGUGCCUCAUCUCUUGUAUCUUUUUUUUUUCCAAUUUUUUCACCGUAUCAUUAUUGGAUUGCUUUCGCUCACCCUGCUUUGCUUCAUACUCGCUUUCUCUUUUUUUUUUCUCCUGUUUUCUCUUUGUACUUUCCCAUAUCAUUAUAGGAUUUCUCUCGCUCGCUCUGCUUAGCUCAAUGCUCUUCUGUUUUUCUAGCUAGUAAACUUGAUGUCUUAAACAUCCCUGCUCUUCUGACCUUGUACGAAAACAUCAUGCCUGGUGCUUGUACCUGUCACCUCAUAGGUUGGCUGCGCGUAACUUAAGGUUUGAAUCAACCCCAGUCUGUGCAACAUGCAACGCCCGGCCGAAUCCCCCGCAGCCCCAAAGCUGCCCCACGAGACUUUAAAUCGGGAACCGUCAACCGCGGGCCCAUCCCCAGCUGUUCCUUUGCAAUCCAGCUCCACACACACCGAGCAGCUACCUGACAUCGCAGCGAUGACGAUAUCUGACUCCCCAAGAUGGUAAUAACCUGCCCCCCUAUUUGAGAUCCAAAUGAAGGUUAACGUUUGCAGGAAGUAUCUUAACCGGAUCCUCAGCCGGAAGGGUCCCUUCGCCGAUGAGGACUAUGACACCGAAAUGCAAAAGACAUUCCUGGAUGACUUUAAAGUCUUGUAAGUUCUACGGAUUCGCACCCGUGAAACACUCAAGAAGCUAAUGUUGCCACCAUCAGGGUCAUGUUUGUACCCUCCUCCCGCAGGAGAACAGGCAAACAGUUACGCUAACAAUGGAGCAGUGGAGCGGGAGGCCUGGGCUGUGAGAUCCUAAAAAAUCUCGCCCUCUCUGGCUUCAAGGAUAUCCAUGUGAUAGACAUGGACACGAUUGACAUCUCGAACCUUAACCGCCAAUUUCUCUUCCGAGCCUCCGAUGUCGGGCAACCGAAAGCCACGGUGGCCGCCUCGUUCGUGAUGAACCGUGUCAAGGGCGUCACUAUAACCCCAUACUACGGCGCAAUCCAGGAUAAGGGUCAGGACUACUAUAUGCAGUUUAAGCUCGUUAUCUGCGGCCUCGAUAGCGUUGAAGCGAGGAGGUGGAUCAAUGCUACUCUGGUCGAUAUGGUGGAUAACAAUAAUCCGGAGAGUUUGAAGCCGCUGAUCGAUGGCGGAACGGAAGGUUUCAAGGGACAGUCCAGGGUUAUUCUCCCUACGCUCACGAGCUGCUAUGAGUGCUCUUUGGAUAUGCUCGCGCCGCGGGCCGCUGUGCCGAUUUGCACGCUUGCUACAAUUCCCCGGCAGCCGGCGCAUUGUGUUGAGUGGGCGAGUAUGCUGGAGUGGCCAAGAGUGUUUGAAGGUAUUUCCCGCCCUUCCCCGUAGAGUAGCCCCGCAGAGUAGAGUAGAGUAGGGGUAGGUAGUAGAGGGCUGACGGAUGGGACAGAUAAGAAGUUGGACAAUGAUGAUCCCGAGCAUGUCCAGUGGGUUUACGAGCAGGCAUUGAAAAGAGCCCAGGAGUUUAAUAUUUCCGGCGUCACGUAUUCCCUAACUCAGGGUGUAAUUAAAAACAUCAUCCCAGCUAUCGCCUCGACAAACUCCAUCAUUGCUGGUUCUUGCUGCAACGAAGCUCUCAAGAUCGCGACCGGAGCUAAUCCAUACCUCAACAACUACAUGAUGUACAUCGGCAAUGAGGGUAUCUAUACCCACACCUUUGAGCACGAGAAAAAGCCCGAUUGUCCAGUUUGUGGAAACUUGGCGACUGAUUACACGGUUGAUCCCGAAUGGACACUCGAAGAGUUCAUCGAUAGACUUGGGGAGAAGCCGGAAGUGUAAGCCUCUUCUCCCCACGCUCACCUCAUCUUCAAUUAAUGCUGAAUCCUAAACAGUCAAAUCAAGAAACCGACCUUGGUUACUGAGCGGCGGAAGCUGUAUUACCAGGGACCGCCCCAACUGAAUGAGCAGACAAGGCCAAAUCUUGAGAAGAAGAUGAAGGAUCUUGUGGAUCACGGGGAGGAGAUUGCAAUUACCGACCCUGGGCUGCCGUUUAGCUUGCGAUUGAAUGUUAUCUUCUCGUAGAUCGGGAGGGUCAUUAUAUAAUACUAUGGUUGUGCUUUGUCAAGGUCAAUUGUAGUUCAGGUUUUUUCUUCUUUUUUUCUGGCAGCGCCCUCAGUUGCUGUACCGAUAUCCGAAUCAUGGCUAUACUAGAGGUCAUGAAGGCUAUUUCUUGCUUAUUGUAUGAUACUUUUACGUACAAUGUGCACUGCAUUUGAAUUUCG